GGAAAGAUUCUGCAUUUAUUUUGACACUGUGUUUUUUGCCAUUAGCCUAUGUCUCCUUCUGUGUCUGUUAUGGAGACUAUAUGAUGUUUACACCACAGUUGAUAUGUUAUCAGCUGAGGAACAGGUGUUUGUCCACUGUUCCACUGAAAAUUUUUCUGUAAUUUUAGGCACACACAAGAGUUGAAACACCUGUCUAUAACAUGCAAUCUCAACCGCCUGAGUUACUAAAGCUGAGUCAGCACUUUUUAGAAUAAAAGUUUAAAGCACAAAGAGCUUUUUUAACACUUAGGAAUUUAGGAUUGUGUGAGACCAGCUUUGUUUCAAACCUGAUGCCGAAGUCAGUUUCUGAUUCACAGUUUCUAAUCCCUCUGUCGAGGAAAAAGAGGAUCUAGACUCUCAGUUCAGAGCCUCUUGAUUUGUUGUCUUUCGCACUUCCUACUUUUAUGGUUUGACAGACGUAAAACUGAACUGUCUGAGGUAUAAAAAAAAAAGCAGUGAUAUCUCUCUUCUGAGCAUUUCCAUAAUCUGAACAACAACUGAAAAAACUGUUUUAAAAAGUAUGUAGACUGCUUCACUUAACCUAGUCCAGGUCUGACAAGUCUUGGUACUGUGGAUUUGAAUCAGGAUUUGUGUCAGAGUGGCCCAGAGAUGAAAAAAAGGGAAAUCUCCCUUUUUACAUUGUUACAAAAUGGCUUGACAAAAUUGGCUUUACAUCAAAUUAUUGACAAGUUUUCAGUGUCAGACACUUUGCACUGCAAGUUGAGACCCCCUUGAUGUUGAAUUUUCCAAAAAGCUUAUACUUCGAUUCUCAAUGUAAAGUCCAACAGUUCUCGUUAUCUCUCCUUGACUGUCGUGCUUUUUGUGAACGUAUAAAUUACAAAGUCUUACAGCACUUGUCUUUGUUUUUCUUAAUUUUGCUUUAAUGUAUUUUUUAGUUUGUAUAACCAGUAUGAAGUCUGGGUGUCUUUGCUCUCUGGUGGGGAAUUGACAGGGUCUGUGGUAACCUAAGGGAUAUCCUAACCAGGAUGGUAAAGUUACAAUAUUUACUCAUGUUACUGUAAUUGCAUAGCUUUUUUGUGUAGUUAUACUUCUUUGAAUAGUCGUCAGAGAAGUAAAGGUUUUAAGGAACUCCCAGUUUGUGUACAUUUUGGCUCCUCCUUGUGGACAAAAGUCUCCACUGAUCUUGUCCUUCACAUACAUAUUCUGACAAAUAAUCUCAUCCAGCUGACUUUUAACGGUCAAAUGUAUCUUUUUUUGUGAAUGAGGAGAGGCAAAAACAGGGCCUGAUCCUCAGCGGCUUCACUGAAACCUUCCCCUUGUGGUAGUUACAGGCAACAAAACCUUAAGAGUGCAAAAUUGUCAGUUUUGUCACUGAUGGUCUUGUUUGCUUAUUAAAUCUUAUAAGUCUAUUUCAUACAUGUCAAAAACCUCCUAAUAGGAGCCUAAAGUACAUUUUAAAUAUAGUCGUUUUAUUCUUACUUGAUUAGUUUAAUAAGGUGGUACUUUACCUGAAUAAAACAUAAAUUAAGCAACUGAACUUUCACCUGAGAAGAAUAUCUUGGUAAGCUUUCCAGUCCGGACCUGAACUACAUACAUUCAACGUAGUUUAAAAUCUGUUUCAUUAUUUGUAUUUUAUUCAGUUGUGUGUAUUUGGUGAACAGCUUCAUCUUCACCUCUAACAUGUAAACCAAAGUGUCCUCAGCUGUAGAGAGGGCUGUGCAGAGCUGUAAUGGCCUCUGCCUUGGUGAUGAGGUUAUAUAUGGCACGGCAGCUAUUUUGGGAAGAGGCAGAGGGCCUUAAAUUAUGGCACCUGGUUGAAAUGAACACAUGUAGAGUGUUGGAGGACAGAUUUGUUUAUAGCUUUGAUUCAGUACAGGAUGCAUAAAAACAAUUGUAAAUAAAGUUGAAGACUUGCAUCUGCAGAUUUAAGGAAUAGUCUAAUAUUGACUUCAUGGAUUUUACAACUAAGAUAGAGUACACCAGCAGAGCCACAGGGGCUGAAAACACUCCACACUUCUGUGAAACAAGCUUUCCAGUUAUUUUGUUCCUUAAAGAAAGGUGGAGCCCCGGCCUGUCACGUUCCUCACAUCGACUGUGCUCUGCCCACUCCUCCAGCACGUGGGAGGUUGGGCGGGUCAACGACGCGCACAGCCGCCCCACCUCCAAGGCGAUGUGGAAGAAAGGAUCAUAGAAGACUGGAUUUUACACUACAAGAAGGGAGUAGAAUCACAUAUUUACUAAACUGAACGUCAAAGGAGAAAAAUGCAUCCGCUCCGCGCGUAACAAGAUCUUAGCGCACGGACUGUAAUAACGCGCUCGAUGGGGUGCGACCCCUCAAAGACAUCAGAUUUCUCUGAGCGACUUCUGUUUACACAGGAACCAUCCAGAGCCACGUUUUAGCAAGCGAGUCUGGUUGGGACAGUACAGUGGAGGAGUGUUCGGGUUUGACUCCCUGCCCAUGCAAACAGUGAAGCAACACAAGAGAGGGGGAAACACGAACACACGAAUUCACUUGAAGUCCUUGAAGGCUGAGCUGUCCGGUUGAGAUAUGGAGAGAUUUGGAAACAUGGAGCGCAGCAGCUGAUCGAGCACAUGUUGUGCAGCAGGAUAGUGAUCAGUGGAUAAACUUUUAUGAUGAAUGUGGACAUGAAGAGUGUUGCAAACUAGCCCUACAGCUGCGCCUGACAUUUGGAUGAAGGAAAUGAUAUACGGGCUUACUUUUGUGCAAUUGUCUUUGUAAAUUCUCUGUAAGCCAGCUGGGUCCACAACCAUGGAGAGUCAGGAUGAGAGGGAGAGCAGCCCUCCUAAGUCAGACCGGAGGUUUUCUCUGACUUACAUCGGCGGUUCCUCCCUCGAUAGGCGGACUACUCUGCCUAUGCUACCCUGGCUGGUGGCUGAGAUUCGCCGGAGAGGUGAGAAGAACGACUGCGGCCCCGUGGUGCAGCCUAGAGAGGUGCAGCUGGUCCUCAACCCCCCCUUCGUGCGGUGUGUCCCCUCCAGCAGCAACAACUCUUCAGUGUUUAUAUUCGAGCACAAAGCGCAGCUCAUCUCUCGCUUCAUUCACAACAGCAAUGACCUCUCAUACUUCGCUUAUCUGCUGCGGGGACAACCGGAUAACCCCGAGUCUGAGAUGUCCUGUCAUGUCUUCAAGGCCUGCGACCCCAACCAGGUAGGCCUGUCCAGGUGCCACGCUUACCUUUACGCACACGCAGGAGCAGCAACUGAGAAAUGUACCAGAUAAACAGCAAUAGGCUGACAAAUGCAGGAGCCUAACAAAACAUUAUGCACACAGCUGAGGUAGUGUUCAGUUACUUUUUACUGCUCAAGAGUUCCAGGAAAGUACUCAAACAACUCUGUUACACUUUUAUGUGUGAAUUCAACUCACUAUGAAUCCACCUAUCACAACUUUUAAGAUACCAUGUUGGUAUUGGCCUUGGAUACAGUCUUGAAUGUGAUAUUGGAUAGUAAAAAGGCUUCAUAGAGAUUUUUUUGUUCAGGGAAGUAUCAAAUGGAUGGUUGGCAUCAGCAUGUACUUAAAAAAAGGGUAUGGAAACAUCUGCAAUCCAUACAGAAAUGAGAAAGGCACAGGGGUCCUUAAAUGAACCAUGAUGUCAGGAUUUACAGUGAAGUUCAGCUUUAAGACUGUAAGUGUAAACAAGAGACAAAGGAAAACCCUGGACAGACAGAUUUAAUUCUCCUUGGGGUGAUAGCGGUGUCAUUUAGUAGAUUAUUCAGUCAUCCAAACAUGUUUGUUUCCGUAUUAAGUAUUUAGGCCACCGAGAAUGAUAAAGAGAUCACUGUGGAUUUUUUUGCAAAGUUAAUCCACCUCAGUCUGUGUUUUCCUCCCCAGAGGAUCAGACAUCCCUAUAAUGUGAUAACAACUGUGCAAAGUCAGCACAUUUAUAGGCUGAUCUGAUCAGUUGCCACUCUUGUGUAACAAAUCAAAAUGUAGUUCAAAAUCAGGAACAUAGGAGUCAGGUCUUAAAACCAGUGCACAACUUUCUGCUAAAAUGCAGUUUAGGUCAGUGUGUGUUUGGGGGCACUGUGCGCUAAAGGUUCUCCAAUGGCCUGUUUGUUUAUGUGUGUAUGUGAUUGCUCAUGGGUGUGGAUGAACAGUGAUUAUUGCUCGACAAAUUGUUUGGAGCAAAACAGGAGUUAAUGGUUGGGCUGUUGAAGGAAUGAUUUUUUUUAAAUCAUGAUGAAUAACUGAAUAAGUGUAUUGUACGGUACUGCAUGUUUGAGAUCCAUUAUCUAAUUUUAUCGUCCAUAUUAAAGCCCCUGUGAAGAGCUUUCUGGCUGUGUUGACUUUGGCGCCCCUUGUGGACAAAAUAGACUGUAUAUACUAUGGACAACUUGGUUCCGCCUCCCGUCAGUAUACAGAUUUGAAGCCAAAAAGCUCUCGGUAUUUCCGUGAUUUUUUUUUCAUUUCCUGAAACCAGCAUUGUGCAGUAGCGUUGUGCGCGUGCGGCGAGACACUCCCCGAGAGUCGCUAUGACGACACUCCGUUCAAGCAGCUAGUCCCCGGGUGAGCUACGCAAUCUUUGUACGCCCAUAGGCUGUAUCAGGUGUCAAUCAUAGAAAACAUGAACCCUCUAAUAACUUUUACAAACAGAGCUGCACAAAAAAAGAGGACUUGAGCACAAACCAGUCUUACAGUAACUACAUGUCAACAUUGCAAGCAGGGGGGAGAAAAAUGUAUAUUCUGUGUAAUAAAUUUUUAAAGUUUGUCCACAACUCCAUAAGCUUUGCUGGUGGAGGCGGGAUUUAUGACCCAUACUGCAGCCAGUCACUAGAAGGUGCUGAUCUCAGAGCGGCUUCACCCAGCGAGGAGGCAGACACUGUCCAUUCUAUAUACAGUCUAUGAUAUUAACCCUUACACUAUUGCUGAUUUUGUCUUGCCUUUGUGAAAGUGCCUUGUCGUCUUUUUGCAUUGAAAUCACUCACUGUGAAUACAUGCAACGGGAAAUGUCACUAAGGCUGUUUCUCCAGGAUACCUACUGUCUCACAGCAGUUACAGGCAAUAUAAUUACAACAUAGAAAUAGUAGAUCCUGUCACUAAUGGUGUUUUUGCUUUUGUGCAUCGAAGAGAAGCAUCACUGUUCAUAUAAGUCUGUUCCAUCAAAACUCUUCACAGGAGCUUUACAAGCAUUUUGUCCUGGUGUCUUGAUUUGGUACUCAAAUAAAUGCAGUGAAAUGUACUUGAUGAUCUUCACAAAAAUAUAUUAUUCAAUUGAAUGUGGCAAAGUAUUUCAAAGCAUUUCAUCAUGCUCUAGUAAAUAAAGCUCUGUCUGUCCUCUUCUGUUAUGCAAUCACAUCAGUCUGCUAAGUGUGCUUAGCUCAUAGAUGGCAACUUUGGCAAGAAGUUCUUGGUGAUAUUUAAUCCAUUUGCCCCCAAGUGUAUAUAACCCUUGAUCUGUGAGGUGUUUGAGAGGUUUUUGAGUGAAAUGUGCUGCUCAAAAAUGCUAAUAAAAUUGCAGUGGUUUAAAAGAGAGAACAUGCUAAUUUCAGAUGUAUCAUUAUAUAAAUCAUUAAUGAUUAAUGAUGAAUGAUACAUCGGACUGUCAAAAGUCAGAAAGGUGAAAUUCUCGUCAAAACUCACAACUUAAGCAUGUCAACGACAAGAUGAGGAAAGACUGCUUUGUCCACAGGGGGUGCCAAAAUAAACAUCAACCAAAAGUUCCUCAUGGGAGCUUUAAAUUGUCUCAAAAAGUGAAGCAAUAAUUUUUAAAUGGCAUUUUCACUGCUUUUUGAUUUCAAAUAGUUUGAACUGAUUAUAAUUUUGUUAAACAGACUGAUGGUAUCCACUUUGAUCAUUAGGCCUACCAUGCUUUUGCAAACUUUGAAUUCUAAUCUGAGGAAUCAGUAUUGAGUCACAUCAUGGUGACAUUUGUGGUUUGCACACCUUUUAUGUGUUUUAAUUGAUGUCAUAUGUUGUGGAGUUGUUCUACAUCUGCUGUAAGACAAGCCCAUAGUUCACACCUUUCUGUGUUUCCUUAAUAAACAAGACAACCCUCACAUGCAGCAUUUACAAACACAUAUCUAGUUGUACGCUCACGUUUUGCAUUGAUUCUCAUAUAUGCCUGUAGUGUAUCCUGUUUCCUGUGCUCAGCCAAAGCAGGCUGUUUGUCUGCUGCUGAAAGCUGAGAUGCAAAGAGAAGAGCUAUCAAACACUUUCGAGGUGUCUGUCCUCUCUUCUUCCUCUUCUUCUUCUUCCUCUUCUUCUUGGAUUCAAGUGCAUGCAGCAGCAGCAGUUAGAAAGGCAUGUUGAACAUACCCCGCUUUGCAUGAUUGCGCAACAGAAAACUGGUUUGACAGCCAGUGAGUUAGCAACAUGUGCAAGGUGAACCAUGUGGAAUGCUUGGUUUACUUUAACAGUACAUUACUGCCACGUACAACACCCUGCUGCAGUGAUUUUAAUCAUGUAGUCAUUGUCAGGUGGAUUUUUACUGGGCAUGUGUGUUUUUUUUCUUUGCCCCAUCUGAACUUGAGGACAUGGUAACUCCAUACUUUGUUUUCAUGUGACGGACCUACUGUAAACAAGAUCAGGGUACAUGAGGUAAAACCUAAUUAAAGGACCCAUGGUAUCUUUUAAAAUAAUGUGAACUGUGACGGGUUAAAAUGAAAGGAUGCUCUUUGUCUUUAGGAGGAAGAAUCGCUUUAUUGUUAGAUUUUGUAUGAGUGAAAAAAGGUUCAACUUGACCUGAUGCCAACUAAGCAUCAUCUAUAGAUAAACAUGGAAUGUCUCAUUGUGUGUGCUCUUUUGUUUGGAGGGUUGGUGCUUGAAUUCAAGUCUGACUUGAAAUACAACUUUUGUCCUCUUCUAUAUAUUGCUGAAGUUUUUGAUAUAACUAUGACCAUUUGUGCAUGAACAGUUUAGCUACACUGGCAUUUAAAGCUUACUCAGCAGUUAUUGGACUUUUGACUGGUUUAUCAAUGACAAGGACAUGCAGUGAAGAUGGGAAAAACACACUUUAAUAUAAUGUUUACUUCGAUUUUACUUGGCUCAGAGUGUCAGCUACUCAUUUACACCUUGAGUGUGAUAAAUUUGCAUCUGACCCAACUCAACUCUGCUUACCGUAUUCACACAGCAGCCAUUUCCCCUUGAUAUCAUGUUAAAGGAGGGCAAUUGAAAAGUGUCUAUAAUAUGGCACUAAUUUUGUUGUAAAAAGCUGUUUUUAUUUGAGGUACCUGACAAAUCAUUAUUUCACUCACAUAGCAAAUUCUAUGUAGUGUGUGCUCCUGCUGCAAAGUGUAUCAGGCAUAUUUGAAAUAUCCUCACAUAUCCUUUUCAGUUCUCAUGAUUUGUUGACUUUUGGUUACUGAUCAAUGAAGAGUAAGUGACAUUAUAACUGUGUCGCAGUUGGCUUACAUUUAUCCACCUAAAAAACUGGAUCCCUGUAGUUCAAUAUUAACAGUGUCUGAGCUUCCCGCCCCCAGAAGAGAAAUAACUGCGUCAUAAAAAUGGCAAAUUUUGUUGAUUUCAGGCCAGUUUUGAAGAGAUCAGGCCUUAAAAGUGUAAACCACAGGCCUGUGUGCUUCCUACCUCUGCUCUGACUUGGAUGCAACCCACAGUGAAAUCUCUCACUGACAGCUGGUGACCCUCUUGGCACAUUUGGUGACAUGUAAUGACAGUGGACUGCAUUUAUAAGCAAAGACAGGACUAGGGUAACACCAGACAGUGCUUAAGAAAACUAAAUAGGCAACAGUAAAGGUUAGCUUUGACUUGACUGGGUGUGAGAGUAAAUAUAUAAUUACCACAUUAGAUUUUAGGAUACUUAUCUCUCAGACCGGUGUCAGUCUUUGUCUUUAAGUUUAAAAGCUUUUUAUUAUAAUGACAUGUUAUAUAGCUAGUACCACAAUGUUGGUUAGAGAGGCACUGUUCAAAAUGUAUGUAGACAGGAGGGAAUGACUUCAGUAAGAGUGUAAGAACAUCUCCAGGUCAAAACGUUUUAAACUCCUAAAUAUUUUUGUCUUAUAAAUAUGCAAUGAAUUAAUGCAUCAAAGUAUAAAGCUUCACUUUUCAUUACAAAAAAAUCAUUUUAUUUUUGCUUUUUCCAUUCAUUUUUUAAAAAUUAGUAUUUGAAAAUUAGGUGUUUUCAACGAAAUCACAACAUUUUAGUGAAAAAGUGGAGAAAUCCUAAGCAAGUUUUUUAAGGACAGUGUUUAUUUGUCACUUCAAAGCAAAAAAUGAUAUUUUACCUGCGCUUUAAGUGCAUCCUGCUUAGACAGGAGAAUGGGGGCAAAGUUUAAGUUGUUAUAUCAACAAAAUAAAGCAUAUCAGCAGCAAAGCCCUUGACUCUGUUCUGUGUAAAUAGAUACAAAACAUCAACAAUCUCCAUGGAAAACAGCGUAGAAGAAAAUGAAUUUGUCAUCAAUGCAUUGCAAUACAGCCUUCCACUUUCUUUGUCAGCUGCACCUGGCACCUCCCCAUAUCUAUUAGUGCCUUUUCACUUGUUUGUGGAACUGGGCCAUAGUACUUUAGGAGGUAUGUCACAGUAUACCUACUGCAGAAAAUAUUACAUGGUCUGUGUUAUAUUUGAUGGUUAAAAGGGAGUGAUUUUUUAAAGAUCAGAAUAUACACCUUAUACAGGCAAAGGACAAAGUAAGAGGUACUGCUUUGUCCACAGGGGGCGCCAAAAUCAACACAGCGAAAAGAUCCUCUUUAAAUAUUCGAAUACAUCACUGUAUUUUUCCUGUUCAUAAUCAUAUUGUGUCACCAGGUGUCUGUAAGCCAGCAAGGUUGUAUUUGAAUACUGCUUUUGUUUUCCCAUCAGCAGUUUGACAGAACACAGACAUAACACUUCACCUCUCUGCAUAUGAGAGGGGUUGAUAAGCCCAUAUGGCGAGUCUUGGGCUGGCUUUGGUUACAUAGCUGUUGACAUGAUCAAGUUACUUCCAGAAUGAGGAACUCAUGGCUGUGUACUGUAUUCUUACCUGGCUGUCAUGAAAGACUAAAAUGUAUAGUCUUCUCUGUCAAGCAAGAACAGAAUAUGUACUUAAUCUAGCUUUGAAUGAGUGAAAACAACCCACAAUUAUCUACAUAAUCACUGUCAUAGUCGAAUGUUUAUCCUGUUGGUAGAUCACAGGAUCAAGGAAGUUCCUGUUUGUAGUUGAAAGAGAAACUUUAGUGGCCCUGAUUACCUCUUAACUGAAAUUUAGCUUCUUUUCUUUCUGUUGUGCUGGUGCUGAAACAAAGAUCAGAAAAAUCUGGGUAUGUGUUGCAGCCUCUUCAGCUGACACAUUAGUUUGAUUUCCAGUUAUGACAUUAGCUUUUCACCCAUGUUAAGGUGACAUAAGAGCCUUUGUUAGGCUUUGUUUUGAGUUGAGACAUGAACUUUUGUUUAACCAAGUUAGUCUCCCAGCAGAUGGAAAAGCACUGGGAGGAUGUCAUGGUUGUAGUGAGGUGCAGCUGCACACACGUGACAACAGAGAGUCUUUGAACCAAUCCCUUCAGCCACACAAAGACAGAUUUGUUUACCAGUGCAACAAGAUUUAUCCAGGUUUGCGCUUGAAGUUUUAUGACAUGCAAUUGAUUUUUCCCAGUCGAGUAGAGUAGCUUAAGUUUGACUUUUGAGGAAAUCAGCUUUAAUUGGAUGUUUUUGUCUCUUAUAAUUAGAGUAAUUUGCCGGCUUUUAUCGAUGACCUCACACUCGACAUUGUGUGAUUUGAUCCACUCUACUCCAGCUUCCUCCCCUAUCUUGUAUUAUUGACUCAGUGAUAAUCUGUGUGUCUCUUAAAGAAGUUUAAUCACGCCUGAUUGCAGGCUUUGUGGUAUAAUUUGUCAAGGUUUACUGCCUCUUAACUGUGCUGAUAAAGUAGCAGAACUGUGUACCUGCUACUGUUUAGCCAGAUAUUAUGAUUUAUUUGAGUCACUGAGCGUGCUCAGGACUCUACCAGCUCAGGGGACCAUCUUCAUGUUGAUUUUUUCCAAUGCUUUAAAGCUGUGCUCAACUGUCUUUAUUUUAUAGAAACUGGCUUCGGGACACAAUCAGUGUCACUGAUAAUACUCCAUAAAGUUGAAGCGUGAAGGUGGAGAUUGGACGCGUAAGCAGCUUGAUAAAUAGUAAUAUCUGGAGGUACUGUGUGAGAAAAGUUCCAGUGAAAAAGCAAAGCACCUGGUUUUCUCUCUUCCGCUGCAGCUCUCUGCUUGUCUGUGCCUGCCUCCACUCCAGGAAUGAGCAAGCGUACUAGCUCUGCUCUGGGUUGACCACAAAUAAUUAAUCAGAUCAAAAGGUGCUGGGCAUCAUCUUGCUCAUGCAUAAUCCAGCGGCUUCUUUAAAUGUUAAGAUGUCGCUAUCAUCUUUUCCUCUGUGACAAAGGUGUGCAGAUCAAAGGCCAGGCAGUGCAGCUGUGAUUCCCAAAGCCUUUGACAUCCCCUGACCUCACAGAGUCUACUCUCUCUUCUCUAAUGCAGAACUCCCGCAAAGCUCCCCAGUCUAAUUUCACACACUUUGAUUUCAGUCUCAGAGAAUUAUGGCCACAUUCCCAGUUCAAAGGGAACCCAUUAUCAUAAGCACAUGAGCAAAUGCUGGAAACUAAGUCCUUCCAAUACCUGAAAAAAAAAAAAGCAAAGCAACAGAUAUUGUCUGGACAUGUUAUAUCGUUAUUACACUUGGUAUGCUUUGCAGAUGCAAGAUAGCUCCUUUAGGUUGAUUUUCAUUUUACUUGCACAAAUUGGUAAAAAGGUUGAUGAAUCAUCCUACACUUGGACACAAGGGUACAGCAUAAAAUAAUUGGCAUUGUGCGCACCCAUGGCUGUCCAUUCUAAUAGCUUUGUGGGCACCACAUAACCAGCUGCCCCCCUUUUUAACCCAGUCUGAUACCCUUGCUCUCUUAGAGGUACACUAAAUAUGUGUCCAGUGGAACACUUGAUCAAAAUGUUAUGCUAUCACCCCGGAGGUGCAUUACAGGACCUAGCUAGCAGUUAUUUUUGUUGUUAAUUAUCAAGUCUACUUACUACUGACCUCCUAUACUUAACUUUCUAUUGGUUGAGUUAAAAAAUGUAGUUGAAAAAUGCUGUUUUCUCUUUUGUGUAAAGGUACAAUACAUUAUAAACCUUAGAUUUAUAAGGUGUAAUGCUCACUGCUUAUAAAGCUUCAUAAACAUUGAUAUAAGCUGUUAUGAAUGCUUAUGAUCACCAAUGAGGAUUGUAAUAAAGCCUUAAAGAUGCAUUUACAGGGGCUUAGGAUGCAUUAUAAGAGCUGGGUUCUUAUAAAGUUUUAUUAAAGAGGCCUUUAAGACGGCAGAAAAAUAAGCCAGCUGGCUGUAAGAAAAACUUCUUCACAGGUCAGAGUUUAGUUUGCCUGAAGACAUGGCUGAGUAUGUAUAAAACAAACAGCCACCACCCCCACCACUUGCCCUCAACCUCCUCUCAAUGCAGCCUUCUGUCACCAGCCAGGCACAGCUCAACCCUCGGGAGGGCAGGCACCUGGAAAACGGGGACUUUGAAAUGACUCGCAGAAAAAGACAGACUUUUAUCAGGAUGUUCAUAUUAUUCCUAAUCAUUAGCUUCCUGUUUGUUAGCCCUCCUGCUUCUAUCCUGCCCUGGUCACACCUCUAAUGUUAGACUUAUGUAUUGUGUUACAUAACCUCCUCCUCCUCGUGUACAAAAUAUACUUAUUUGCUUGACAGUCAGUCAGUCUUCAGGUCCUAUCAGAUAGCAGAUGUGUGCGUCGUGUGUGUUUGUUUAAGCACUCAUUGUUUUUUCAAACAUGCUAUUCAGCUGACCUUGACUGCAGCCCUGGUUUGACAGUUAAAAAAGGGAGCAGGAACUCUGAGAUUGCUGCUCCUGUUAUGUCUGCCAAAGCUGUUGCAAUCUGAAAAGUAAAAAUGCUGCAUGACUAAGCUCAGUUGGCUUUUAUUCCCAGCUAUUGCUUAAGAGCGAGCUUUGAAAGAAGAAUCACACUUUUUGCCAUGACUUGUCGCUUGUGAGGCACAGAAACGGAUCUCUUGCACCGAAGCAUAAACAGCCUCAGUGACCCUUGAGUGUCUGAUUUCUUCAGGCCUGCUGUUUUGUCUUCUGCCCUAUAAAGUGAAGGUGUUUCCUGCCUCAUAUUUCUGUUGCAAGUGAAGUGUUUGGUCUGUCUGUUGUUCAUUGGCCUUGGCUGGUGAAAUUCUAGUGCUGUUGCGUUGGCCUUGAGUUAUUUAAAGUCACAGCAUAAAGCCAGGCUGGAUUAUUUGUUGAUCAAAACAGGUUCUUGGUCACACUGGGACUGGCUGGUUAACAUUUACAUUGCAAUCUUUAGAUAAAUGUUGUAUUAAAAUGGUGCAAAACACCUGUAACUGUAAGUGCCUGAAAAUCAAAACUUUUUGCAUCCUGUUUGAAAUUGAAAGCACAUCCUGGAUAAAAACGAGUCAAAACCAUUCCUCUACUUGGUUACUUGUAGGUUGCAGUUCUUAUUUUGUGUCACUAUUGUGUCAUUUUUUGAGUCAUAUUUUCGUGUUAACCCGACAGAGGAGCUGUGCAGGAAUCUUCCCCAAGUUUUGGUUUCCACCCCGCUUCCCUUUCUUUUUUGUUUUGGUUUCCUUUGCAUUGUUUUCCAACUCAUCAUGUCUCUCUGGCCGUCUCUCCUUUCAUACAGGUCCCCGAGGUGAUCAGCAGGAUUCGCCAAGUGUCCAAAUCCGCCCUAAAGGAAGAAGCCAAACCAAAACAGGAAGCUGAUGAUGCCUUCUACAACUCCCAGAAGUAUGAAGUGCUUUACUGCGGCAAGGUACAAAUAAAAAAAGCUUCAAUUUAACUCGUUAUUUGAUGAAGCAAUAAAUCAAUGGUGCUUAAUAAGAUUCAUUUACAGGUUACAGUUAUGCACAAAAAGGCUCCAUCCACCCUUGUAGAUGACUGUAUCGAUAAGUUUCGUCAGCAUGAGGUGGAGCGAAAGCGCCUUCGACUGCUCAACGGUCAGAGAGGGUCCACAGAAAACGCACCUGUGGACUUCCUCAUGGGGGAAGAUGGAGACCCUCUGUCAUCUGCUCUGAGUGAGAGUAGGGAGGGUGUUGAAGGGCCUGGAGUGGAGGACCCGCCUGGAGGUAAGAUGCUGUUGUGUUUAAGACUUAAAACCCUGAGUUACUCAUUGUCAGAAAAGUUUAUCACUUCGAAUCAGUUGUUUAAGAAAGUAGGAAUUUUAAUUCACCCCGAAGUCAAAAUGUUCAGUUUUAUUAUUAUUAUUAUUAUUAUUAUUAUUAUUAUUAUUAUUAUUAUUUUAACAAAUAUGGCCAAAAAUGUAAAAAUAACAGUAGGAUACAAUUCUUAUUCAAGCACUUUAAAUACAGUGUACCAGCUAAUCAAGUUAAGUAUGCAAAAUCACAAUCAUGGGAAAGACUGCUGACUUGACGGUUGUCCAGAAGGCAAAUGGACACCAUUUACAAGGAGGGUAAGACUCAGACGGCCAUGGCUGUUUACAGAGCGCUAAAUCAAAACACGCCAGUAGUAAGCUGGGAAAUGUGAGACGAGGGAAAUGUAGAAAAGCAACAUAGUUAUGAGAGAAAUGUCAAGAAAAUCUAUGGAGGUACCUGAUAGUUUGAGGUGCUGUGUUUCUUACAUUCAUCAAAGAUCUAACAAAAGGUCAAUCUUUGCUUCAGGUAAAAGUCUGUCCUGCAGUUCCAGUCAGAGCAGUCUGCGAGGAACUUUCCCAGAAUGCAUCUUAGAGGAUUCAGGGUUUGAGGAGCCUCAGGAGUUUCGUACCCGCUGCAGCAGCCUGGCAGGGAACCUUCAGAGGAAGCCGGGGGAAGGCGUCAUUAUAGGCCCCACUAGACGCAGACACUCCAGUGCACCCAACCACGUCCAGCCGUCGGAUGCAGACAAGAACCGCACCAUGCUCUUCCAGGUAGAAAACUCGGAGGAAAAGUGCUGUACAUUUCCAUGAGAAGUAAUUAUCUGCUGUACUUUCGCUGAUGUCCUGGUUUUUAGAAUGAGCUUAAAGGCUUAUUGGCCCCUUAUCUCUGUGUGCAGCUGAGCUUUAUCAUAACAGCGAUGUCAUCUCAUUAAAAGCCAGACACUUGGUAUGCUUGCUCUCAAGCACUUGGCAGGACAGGGGGGUUUAUUAUGAGUUACAGCAAUCGCAGUGUACAAAACCACAUGAUUACCAUGCGUGAUCGUGUUAUGGUGGGAAAAUGCACUGUGCACAUCCAUUAUAAAUUGUAAUAUUCUGGAAUUAAUCCAAGGUUUAAGUGAAUGUAAAGUUUAUGGGUUAAACUAUAAACAUACUCCCUCUGUCAGUGAGAUUUAUGAAUGUUUUUUUUCGCCUGCCAAGUCCUGAUUUGUCAUCUUGAGGAACUUAAGUUAAUCUGUUACAUCAGAAAAACAAGUGCUCCAGUGCUUAAUGAUUUUUUUCAUUGUUGACCCCUGUAGUUGCAUUUUAUCCAGCCUGCAAGCCCCCUGCUCCUGCAAAUCAUUUUUAUGUGCACAUGUCUGGCAGUUAUAAUUGGAGACCAGCUUGGCGUGGUGUUAGAGCUGCAGUUAAAGAGGCUGUAACUCCUGAGGAGAAAUUUUAAGUGUUACAGAGCUACUCCUGAGAGAACAUAGGGAGAGCCCUGCUUUGUGAAAUGCAGCAUGCAGGCUGCAGAGAGAGCCAGCAGCCGUUCCUCGCACACCAUGCCCAUUUCCUCAUGGAGCUAAAUUUAAAAACGAGAGCAUGGCACUCAAUACGAUACCCCACAUGGCAGUCAAUUAUGGGAAAAAUCGUUGGUGUAGGCUGGUUGACCUUGAUUGUGAGAGUGUGUGAGUGUGUUUAUGUCUGUCAGUCACUGUACUCACAAGGCAGCCAUUGUCCACUGAUGUCAUGAUAGUGGUGGGAAGCUCUUGUGCAUCUAUUUUGUUUUACUGCUCAUACCAAUGUAAAGCGUUUGAUUUAUAAUGAUUGAUAAGCGGCUGAAAAGACACUUACAGGCCAAAAAGAGGAACAUGCAGCAAUAAAAGAAAAGCAUUUGAUGAAUCAUGAGCUUCUAAGUAACAGCUAACGUCCCGUUUUUCUUGGGAAGUAGAUUCUUAUUUAGCUAGCUGUGAUUGCCAGGGAAUACAUUCAAAAUAACUCUGCAUUAGUUGUUCUUUCUAAAGUUAGGCAGUACAUUUGUAGCUAGCUCUCUAUUAACUGUUGUGAGUAUAUCCUCAGCUUACUUUACAUUAACUUUUAUUUUGUUAGGGAGUACAAAACACGCUAAGUUUAACUGGUGACGGGCCGAAUGCUGAUGUUAGCUAAUGUAUGGAGCUAAACUUGAAUUAUUCCCCCAAUAAUUUUACCUUUUAGCUUUUUGAUGAUUUCGUUGUAUAUGACCCAGAACAUGUUAUCCAAUUUGAAACAAUGUGCUUUUACAUCUGUAACUUUGUUAGAUGGUGAGAUGUCAUAAGGAAUAAGAUUUUUAAUCUCAACAAGGCAGCUCUGGUUAAAAAUGUAAAUAAAUAAAUAAAUUUGGUUGUCCAUUUAACCUCCUGUGAAAUGAUAAGGAUUCGUCAAAAACACUAAAUAUUCUUAAAAUCUGGGUUUCAGCAGCUGAAGAUUAACAGUAUGGAUGACAUGAAAGCACAUUGGACUCUGUCUCAUAACAGACUACAGUAAUUUACCAUUUUACACAGAUUGCUUUAUGUACUAUCAGCUGUUUAUAAACUCUUUUCCAUUCCUCUAUCUUCUUAAAUGAAUCCUCAUUUUGUGUUUCACAGGUCGGGCGUUUUGAAGUAAACCUCAUCAGUCCAGACAGUAAAACCGUGGUGCUGGAGAAGAACUUCAAAGAUAUCUCAUCCUGCUGUCAGGUCGGUUUAUUUUUACGUGCUGAAAGCUUCUCUGUCCCGUGUCUCUGCUGCAGUCCUGGGUAGAGAGUGAACUCAGAAUAUAUUUGCAUUUCUUCUCUAGACAUCUAUUGCAUUAGUGCCUCUCCUUACAGUACUGCAGGCUUUUAAUUUCCGAUCUAUAAUUGGAGCGCAAAUGACACAUUCAUCAGUGCUGUAGACAUGUGCUAUUGCAGUUCUUUAAAUAGACUUUAUGCAUUAAGGUAAUGCCUUAAUGUCUUGUGGGACAAAAGUGGCCAUUUUACUAAUUGAAUGGAAAAUAGAAAAAUGCUGAGAGCAGUUUUUGUUUCCCUGUCAUGUCUGGUUUUUGAUGCUCUUUUAUCUGCAUUACAGAAAUAAAUAUAAAGGCAAAAAGGUUCAGUUUUCCUGUACUGUGACUUAUUUUUUGAUACCCAUUUACUGUUUCUGAUGCAGGGCAUCAAGCAGUCCGAUCAUUUUGGAUUCAUCUGCAGGGACCAGUUGGAGUCUGGUCCCAGUCAGUAUGUGUGCUACAUAUUCCAGUGUGCCAGUGAGUCCCUGGUGAGUCACACUCUCCUUUUUCCUUAAACAAGACCAUACAUAUGUGCUUUUAUAUUAUUGUUUCACUCCAUUAUUUGGCUCUGUGUAUCAGGUGGAUGAGGUGAUGCUGACCCUGAAGCAGGCCUUCUCCACAGCAGCAGCCCUACAGAGCAAUAAAACCCCUAUCCAGCUAUGUGAGGCCUGCCCCAUGCACGACCUGCACAAGCUCUGCGAGAGGAUUGAGGGUAAGCCACACGCACUGUGCUGUGGGUAGGAUAUAUUGAUGGAUUGCCUGUUCCUCAGAGUUAAAGCCACAUAAAAGAGUGUUUCUAUUCCCUUUUCUGUUUCCAGGUCUCUAUCCACCCAGAGCUAAACUAGCCAUCCAAAAAUAUCUCUCCCAGCUGACUGACAAUGAGCAGGUUGAGAUUUUUGAGCGAGUUCAGGUAAGGCAGCCCUGCCAAGAGAAAAAUAAACACUGUCAUCUGAAGAAUUACAGACACAUUAACAAUGUCUUAUGGGACUAAUUUGUGGUAAUCGCCAAAUUACUAAGAGUCUGUGUGUGCAUAAGUGCAGUUUUUUUUGUGCAUUUAUCGGGUUUUGAAUGUUUGUAUAUCCUUCUCUGCAGAGGCUGAAGCCUGGAUCAGACCAUGAGGAGAAUGAACUGGUGAUUCUCCAUUUGAGGCAGCUCUGUGAAUCCAAACAAAAGUCACACCUCCACAUCGGGGAGGUUCCCCAGGUAAAUACUUGACUCUGUGUGGUUUCAAAAACAUAAUAAUAGAGCAAAGAGAGUAUUUUUAUGUCAUAAGAGCAUAUUGAAACAUUUUUAUCCAAAGUAUUAUGCUGACUUAACAACUUAGGAAAGCACAUUUUUCCUAAUACCAAAAUGAAAUAAUGUUGCAUGAAUAAACUAAAGGUAUUUUUAGGGCUUUUGAAAUCCUUGUCAUUGUAAAAUGUCAAUUUGGACCUUUGGGGUUUCAAAAAAAGUCAAUUUUUUUGCCCAUUUUUGGCAAUAUAUUUCAAAGAUGUCAUACUGCAAGGCUAAAACGAGGUUCAGCUCAGGCAUAAGAUUCAAAAAUAUAAGAGAAUAUGGACAAUGAAAAGAACAAACAUUGUAAAAUCAGACACUAAAACAAAAAAGGAAAAUAUGCAAAGAGACAGUACCUUGUACUUUUCCUUGACACAGAAAAUGAUUUGAUUGUGACAGAGAAACGCAAACAUGCAGGUUUAGCCUUUGAAUCCCAUCAAAUAGACCAGUCAGAGUCCUAUGAUGGCUCCACUGACACAAAAGGUCACUUUUUAGGUCAUGACUCUAAAGUUAAUCCUUUCCCAUGCUGCAUCCUGUGCCUGAAAAGAGCGGAGUUUGAUAUUGAUUGAACCAGUGUUACAUUCGUACAGCUGAGGUGAAAUCAUGGCAGUGAAGUAUAACAGGAUUGUGGAUUAUUACUCCCAUGUGAUACAGCCCGAGGGUUGCAUGUUAAAUAUUAUUCACAGAGCAGAAUUCCAACACCAGCGUCAGUAUUACUCAUGAUCAUGUGCUUUACUACAGUAUGCCUGCAUAGUUGGUGCAAUGAAGAGCUUCUUUGAAAGCCUCUACACUCAUUCUUAUUAAAAAUGUCUCUUGUGAUCUUUUGUUGUUUGCCAGAACGCUGCUAACAGCCCAUCAGCAGGUGACAGCGCUGCCACCAGCAGUCGCUUCAAACUUGAUAUCCUGAAAAACAAAGCCCGCUCAUCUCUUACCAGCUCCCUGGAGAACAUCUUUGCAAGGGUGGGUCUGAGCUCAGACGGCUUUUUAUAGCAUGUUUUCUCACCUUUCUCCUGCCUUUAUUUUUAUUUCACAUCCUUUGUCUACCUUUUUUUCUCUUCAAUUUAACCCCUAUGUUGUAUUUUGACAGAAAAUAGCCCGUGUGUUGUGUUCUUCCCCUGUAUGUGCCUUAUGCGCAUCCAUUUCUGUUUGUGUGUCACUGUUAUCUUGGGGAUUUGAGUUGACCCAUAUUUGCUAGUGAGACGAGAGAAUAAUUCCUUUGUGGAAGCAUCUAGGCAAUCAGAGACCUCUGCUACCAUCUGUUGUUGUAUCAGAGACUUAGCCGAAGAAUGACACAGUUAAUCUUAUUAAGAAAUAAAAAAUGUUUAAGACUAUAAAACCGUUCACCAUUAUUUUCUGAUUUACCUCUAGUUACUGUUAAAGUAACUACAGAAAUACCUCUAUAAAUAUGUUUUUUUUUUCAUAUUCAACAGCAUGAAAUGAACAUUGUCACUUCACAUCCACUCACACUAAGAUGUGAAGCCAGAAAACUACCUAAAUAGAUGCUGACAGAAUUGAUUUAUUGACUGAUUCAUUGUAGUUUAUUUACGUGUCAUGCACACAAAGUGCCCAUCCUUCAUGUGUUUAAAAGACAGCAGAAAUAUAGUUGAAGUGGUGCAGUGAUUUAUUACAGAGGUAUUUCAAAUUUAUUCAUCAGACAUCAGUUUGGAGCUGUCACUCUCAGAUAUACAACGUGACAGAAGCUUCGUGUAGAUGUUUGUCUUGUUUUCUCUUUCUGUUCUGACCUUACUUUGCUAACCAGCUCUGCAGGAGCUUUAAUUAAUUACAGAGCUAUCUUUCAGGGGAUUAUACCCUUUUUAUGUCCUCAAAUAAGUCAUUAGAAUUCAGAUUUCCCAUAUGAAUUAGGACUAAGUCUUAUCUGUUUACAUUGAGGAGGUAAGCUUUAUGACCUGCACUUGUACAUUUUUUUUGCUCUGUCCAUGAAUCAAUCCACGAUUUUUUUUCCAGAGUUUUUUAUAAUGUGUAGAGGUAUUGUUUACCAUCUUCAUUAAAUGUCAUCUCUGUCACCAGGGUGCUAACAGAAUGCGUGGCCGUUUGGGAAGCAUGGGAAGCAUGAGCAGCUUUGAAAGGGUAAGUGUCCACGCAAGAGUAACAUGAGAAUUCCCAGAAGUUCCCCUCGAGGGACUCUGGGAAUUCUCACUUUUUUUUCCCCAGCGGCAUCUAAAAGCAUUUUCUAUUUCAGCCCUGUCCUCAGAAAAGGACAAGUGUGAUAAAAAAGCCUUCACUUCUUUCCACGUCAGCUGUAGUUUUAAGGCUGGGUUCUCACAUGGAGACCUGACUCUACACUGAAUUAUUCCCAUGUACUGUAAAUCUAUGAUGAAGUUGUGUUGGUCUGCAGUUAGAUCAUCACAGCAGGGGGUGUGUUUGCAGAGCAGUUAGAGAACCAUUUGGAGUUGUGUGCUCCAGUUUGUAUUAUCUGUGCAGAAUGUGGAGAGAAGGUGUGAUGGAGUCUCUCUGACCCUGCAUCAGUUAGGAUGGAAUUAAAGGUGUACUACGCCCAUUUAGCAAUGCAAUCCUCUAACACUGUUGGAGCAACAUCUGACACUUUAAUCAUAGAUCAAUGCGGCUGAUCUGGAGACAUAACUGUACACACACUCUUUGUCAUAACUUGUUUUACUACAUAACCCACAAUUCAACAAUGCUUACAUCAGUUGACUUUCAGCUUGGGUUGUUUUGUUUUGAUUGUAUGUUAUUCAGUCAGAAAUGUGAAAUCUACACAUCUGUUUCUUUUUUUUUCAGUGAUUGCAUUUAUAAUAUUUAACCCCAUCUGACUCAAGAUGUCACUGAAGCCGAUGUAAAAAGUCAGCCUUCAGUAGCUUCAUGCAGCUUUCCUCACAUGUGCACUUGUUUUCCAAAUAACAUGUAAAUAGACACCUAUGUCUAAAAUCACUGGUGCUCCCAUAUAAGGGGAAUCACUACCUCCCUUUUAAAGAUAUGAUGCCUAUAUCAAAGUGCAACUCUGCUACUAAUAAUUCAAUUUGCAAUUCAAAGGUUAUGCUAGUAGCAGCAAAUAGAACCUCUUUUAAAAGCUAGAAACUCACCUGCAGUGAUUUAUUUCAGAAAUUUUCAUGGUCUGAACAGAUGAUGUUCUGCUAAGAGAGGUGGUGCCAGUCUAAUAAUAAUCUAUCUGACCCUGAGAUCCAAGUGGAGUCAGUGGAUAGAGAGCAGCACAGUUGUACUCUGGUCUUUCUUACUUUUCAAUCAGGAUGUGAGCAGUAGCGUUUAAAACAAGCUGCAGGUGCUUCAUAAGGAUGCGUUGCUCAUAGAAUUUAAAACAAAGAUAUAUGAAACAGUUUUCUGCAUGAUUGUUCUUUGAUUACUGGAAAUAUAAGCUGCCAUAGCAAGGAGGUUAUUUACAUCAGCCCUAAAUGUUAGCAUCAUGUCAGAGGAUUUCAUCAGGCUGCAAUACUUUCAAAUUAACUUACUUAUAAGGAGCAAAUUUUGGUCAAUUUAUGAGCAACUUACAUGUUUUUAUUAGCCACUUACAUAACAUAAAGACUUCCAUAAGUUGUUUUCCUUUAAAGAUAAAGUAUAAAUCUUUUAUCUUUUAUGUAAAGGUUCACCUGUGUUUCCUUUUGGGUAUUGUUUGCUCUGUGUUAGGUUGAAUGAGUACUCAUUUGAGAAUUAUGUCUGGAUACUGAUGUCCUAGCAAGCAGGAAAUUCAGUCAGGAUGUCCAUGAGCUGAGCCAUGCUCGUCCGGGCUUCCUCUCUCCAGCCAUGUCAUCUGACACAGUACUACAGGAGUGUUUGUGCACUGUUAUCUUAUCAGCGUUUCCUAAAAUCUACAACUUAACACUUUGAAAUGUCUUGCAUGAUUUACAUGCAUGCAAGAAACAAAACUUUUUGUAAUCUGCGUUUUGAUCAGCAGCAUAAGUGACUCUACCACGGUAAGACCUUUGCAGCUGUGAUGUUAAGUAAGAGAAGUCACAUGAACGUUGCUGAAUUCUCCUGUCCUGGCAGAUUUUACGAAGGGAAGUCAGAAAAAAUCAUCACAGAAGCAGAUUGGAUGGUUGUCAUUUGUAGUUUGGGCACCAAGGUCCUCUCCACCAAUAGUGUAAGAUGAUGUGAGUCACAGGACUUGACCCAUUAGAAUACAAUAGAUGUGGGAGUUGUACCAGCAGACAUGAGGCAAUGCUGAGUGCAGAAGUGUCGAGUGGAAAGUUGAACCUGGAACGAGUUUUGCUUUGGGGUUGCGUGGCCUAGGUGAGUGCAGACCUGUAACUUCAGGAAUGAAGGCAGGGUUUAAGGUUUUAUCAGUCUAUGGGCUGUCUUAAGGACACAGUUAUAAGCUGAUUAGCUGUGUGUUUUGACUUUUAAAAUUAAGAAUUAACCAGGAUACAAAAAUGUAUUUUAACCCAUCAGUUUUACCUGCUUUUUCUAGAUUCAUGAUAUAAUUUACAGAUAUUAGUCAGUGGACGAUGUAAGGGCUGGUCAAUAUUCACAGUUUUGUUCAAGGACGUAAACAAUCUUGCUGAAAAAUGAUUAAAUUGGAGCUAACCACAAGGUAAUUUUGUUGUUGACUCUAGACAGUAAUAAUUAGUUAACAAGAUAACUAACAAGACUGAUUAGACAACAUAAAAGACUUAAGACUUAAUACCAAGAUAUUCAACCUGGUGUCUGAAGAAACGUAACCAGGUUAGAUCUGGAUAACAGGAUUAUUAGCCUUAAAGCUCCUAUGAGGAGUUUUUUGACAUUUGUAAAAAUGACUGAAAUUCACAUAGCAAACAUUUUAAGAGCAAACAAGACCAUCAGCAAGAAGACUUAUUUUGUCAUUUUUAAUACCGCUGCUGAAGCUACUGAAGAAAAAGCUCAUUUGUAAUAUUUUCCACUGCAAAUAUUUACAAUAAAAGAUAAAUGUGACUGACAAAAGUCAGUAGGAUGAGACUUUUGUCAGGUGACAUUGCUUUGACAAGUAGAGGAGGUCAGCUAAAACAGCUGUGUCCACAGGGGGCACCAAAGUUGACACAAACCAAAAGUCUCUCACAGGAGCUCUUAGUAGGAGAAGCUUUGUUUACCUGAGAUCAGACAUUCAACACAUUUGAUAAACAAGCAAGCUGUGAUAUCUCAUCAGAAGGAGAUAACCAAACCAUAAAUAAGAGAAAACAAGUUUUGAUAUCCAAGAUAACGAAUAAUCAGGCCAUUAAUCAAGGAAAGACAGGCUUUGUUUUCUAAAGACAAAGAGAUAAUCCACUCAUUAUCUUCAUUAUCCCACUGCAUUAACAAACAAGCCUUGAUGGCUUGUUUCAUAAGAUGAUUACACCAUUUAAAACGAAACAAAACAAGUUGUAGUUUCCAAGAUGACACAUUUGCAGGCCAUUAAUCAGUCAGGGGGAAACAAACUUUGAGUACUAAGGAUAAUGAGAUGAUACACCUGUAAACAAAAACACUCAAGAGAAUCAGACAAUCAUCAUGAUGAGACAAUCUGCCUAUUCAAGAUGCUCAACUAAUGAACCUUUAUACUGAAAUGUUUGCAAUACAAACAGUGUAAGGCAAGGUGGUCCUUGGCUUCUCUACAUGUAUCUAUAUAGUCUUCUAACCAAGCUAUAGCUCUGGUUUUAGCUUACUGCCACAAUGCUAUAAUACUUUACAACAUGUAAUUUAAACAAUCUCAGAUUACAGAUGGCUUUACAUAGAAAAGCUCAGUUUGGCAAUAUUUUGACAAAGCGGAGAUGAAAGUGAAUGUAAGCUGUGUCAUGCUAAACUGGCAUAUAACCACAAGACCAGAGAAAUUGGUAACCAGCACAAGCAUGUUAAUGUUAAGCUGCAAGGAGGACCUUAGACUGGUGGGGUGAAGUCUGAUAUUUUUAGUUAAACUUGACAGGUUUAUCUGACAUUGCUUACCUGGGAUCCCAUAUGUAGCUGUGCUAAAGACAGCUUGCUGAGUUUUUGCUGUUUUCCAGACUGUUUUCUCACCUCAAGACUAGUCAGGUACUUGAAAUAUUAAAGCUCCUCUAAGGAGUUUUUGAUAGUUUAUGAACCAAACCGAAAUAAACAGUGAUACAUCUCUAUGAUGUCCAAAAGAAAAUGACUAUUAUGUAAUUUUUUAACGCCUUUAACACACUGAGGAAAGAGCCUUUGUUACUUAACCCAGUAAGGAUUGACAUGUUGUCCACAGGGGGCGCCAAAAUCAACACAGACAGAAAGUUACUCUCAGGAGCUUUAUGAUCUACCCUGUAAAAACCUAUCUUUAUUUAUACGGCUUUGUUGCUUCGAAGCACCCUUAGCUCUUAUAUCGGCUUUGUCUCCUAUGUUUCCCCCUCAGCAGGAUGAAGAAUCUCCUGGUUACUCCCCUCCAGGUUCUCCUCCUGCUUUUCCAGAAGACGACCCCGAAGGUGGCGUGCAAUUCCGUCGACGUGCCCACACCUUCAGCCAUCCACCUGUGAAGAAGCGCAUCUCCUUUGAAAGCCUGCCAACCAGCCAGAACAAACCACUACGCCGACAACAGUCAGUUAAUCCAGAACUGCUGCAGAGCAGGUAACUCAUACUUGACCUUUCAUUGUCUGUCCUCCUAGUCUAAACCUGUUGAGUAAAUGUGCUAUUAUCUUACAUACAGAGCGUUUUUGUGUUUUGUUAAAGAUAUGGUUAAUGCUAAAUUCACAAAAAAAAUCAGAAUCUGUUGCUUUUCUUGAAAUGAGUUUAACACUACAUGUUUAGCUAACCUUUGAUACACUUGGACAAUCUCAUCUAUUUGCAGCACUUUGAUCAGUCCUAGACCCGUCCACCUCCUGCUCCACUGUCCUCAAACAAUAGCAUCACAUGUUUCCUGCCUCUGUUUUGAUCCCUCAUGAGUUCCUCUGUGUUUUUUUUUUUGUGUUGAGCUGACCAGUAGCUUUGUUUUGUUUUGUGUCAUGUGUUUGUUUUUUUUUUAAUUUUACGGGCAUUUCUUGUGUGGCUCGCCCAGUUCCGUGGCUGUCUCGAGAACACGCAGCAUUUCAGAGGGCGAAUCCACCUUCAGCCUCCCCUCCUCCUUCCCCGCCCCCACUUUCCUGAAAAGCUUUUACCAGGGCUCACUGGGCUCCCUCGGCUCCCUGGCAGACAGUGGGAGCCUCAAGAGGUGAGAGGGGGUGCUCAGACAAGCUCCCCCCUGCUUAGGCCUAAACACACAAAUGAGAUGGGUGGGAGGGAAAGAGCCGGUCUCUGCUGGGAUGGCCAUGGCCGCAAACAUCUUAGCUGCCCGAAAUUUUAACACUCUUCAUAUCUUUUCUUUUAUAAGAAAAUACUUUCUUUCCUCCUGUCAUUUCCUAAGCUGGAUUUGCCCUCUUCCUUUGAAGCUGAAGAGGAUUCUGAAUCACCUCUUUCAUGUUGUUUUUGCAUGCUGACUGAUGCUGUAAUGCACGGCAAGACUGUUUUUAAUCUAUGCAUGAAGCCUUUAUUAACUGCACUUCUCGCUUAAAGGGAUAUUCCAACGUAAAAUUAAGUUAGGGUCAAACACACUGUUACAACAAGUUAGACACCCAGUCGAGAGAUGAAUGUUGCCACCUCUCUAGUUAUACCAACUUUAGUAACGACAGCAGAUAGCAAUACAGAGAGCCACGCGCUCAACCAAAACGCCACUCUAUAGCCACAAAUAAUGCUCAGAACAGCACCUAACUUCAUCAACAGGACAUAUAGGGUCCCAGCCACAGCACUAGCCAUAAAACAUCUUUUUAGCUUUGCCUGAUUUUUUUUAGCUAAGAGACUGAACACAACUCACCCAUUCUCUUCCAGCAGCCGCUUGUUUGUACGCAUCUCAAGGAAGAACAUUUAUGAUCAUUACUUCAUGGAAAUGCAAUCAGACAGAGACGCUAAGGUAGAAGAACUACCGCAUCUGCAGUGCAAAAUGAUUAAUUUGGUGAUUAUUACUUUAAGGAAAUGAUAAAUAAAUGAUCAUAAAUGUUCUUCCUUGAGCUGCGUCACCCCGCUGUAGUCUGUUAUGGACUGGCCUGAAGGUCUCCGUACAAAUAAAUGGCUGCUGGAAGAGAGUGGGUGAGUUGUGUUUGGUCUCUUUGCUAAAGAAAUUAGGCAAAGCUAACAAGAUGUUUAGUGGCUCACGUUGUGGCUGGGACCCUAUAUAUACUGUUGAUGAAGUUAGGUGCUGUUCUGAGCAUUUGGUUCUCUGUAUUGCUAUUGUUCGGUCGUUACUAAAGUUGGUAUAACAAGAGAAGCAAGCAGUCGGCAACAUUCAUUUCUCGACAGUGUCUAACUCAGUGUUACAGUGUGUUUGACCCUAAAUUAAUUUUACGCUGGAAUAUCCCUUUAAACAUCACCUUUACCCCUUCAUGCAGGGUAAAUCUUUUUGAAUGUUGCUUUUAAUGUGCUGUAGCACCAAUAAUUCAGCUGACCCAGUGUGAUCCAGAAAGCCACACUCUGAUCCUCUCUUGCAGCUCUACCUUUACAGGCUCUGCUUCGUGUCUGGACGGCAGAAAGUAAAGGUUAACAUUUCCAUUAAUAAUGAGAUUCAGUGAAGCAGGCAGGAUGCUUUUCUCCCCUGACAGCAGUCCAACUCUCCAAGCUCUGACACUGAGAAUGCAUCAGAGAACUCAAGAAAAGCUUUUACAGCCCAUGUUGCCCCUCACAAUGGAUGAACACUGACCUCUUUAAAAAAAAACUCCACCUGCAGGGUCCAAAUAUGCAAACAUGUUCACAGCCGGGUUUACUUCUCUGCAGCACAGUGGGACUACUCUAAACUAGAGCCGUCUAUUUGUUUAUAACUUUACCGGCAGGGAAACCUCAGGAGAUUUAUAUGUCAAGCGAAGAGUAUAAAUCUGUUUAAAAGGCAGCAAAUGGAAGGGGGAAACAGGGAGAGUGAAAACAUGAUGUCAGGGACAGUUCUCAGUAAAUGUCACUUCCUGUUUUUAACUGACCAGAUCAGACCAAGCAUGAAUAAUCAGGUCAAUACAGAAGAGCAAAAGGAGACAGUCGUGAGACUUUUCAAGACUGGCUCCCAAAGCCCUUUAAACCCCAUUAGCACCCAUUUCAAAAUACACAUCUGACACCAAAUGAUCAUGUUUACAGCUUAGAUUGAAUUUAGUAUUGUGUUAUGAGCUCAUUUAUUUAUUCACACACUGUCAGGAGGUCAGGAUCAGGGUUAGGGUGAAACAUUUUAUUACACAUUUAGAUAAUAAAAAGUUGACGGGUGUGUUACAGCUAUUGCCUCAGCUCCAUUUUCACCCAUUGAGGGUAAAGUGGGGUCAGGAUUUCAAGUAUGGUGUUGUAAGGCUUCAGUGUGAUGUUCAGACAACUAGUGGAACAUCACAGAGAGUAAUCCAUAUUUUAUUAUACAUCAUGGAUCAGACACCAAGGCUUUUUAUAGUCUGUAACUAACUUUAUUUAAACUUUAUUUCUCAAUAUAGAUAAAGCUGUGGACCAGAGUAUGAAUGCUUUAAACCACAAGUGGAUGUGAGAAAUAAUUCCAGUUUGCUUUUAACUCCUAUGAGAGGUUCCUGAUUUGGAGUUAUUUUGUAGCGAUAGGAUUUAUCAAACAAAAAGUUGUGAACAUCAAAUUUUACUGCAAUUCUUUUAUUUCACAAAACAGUUACACUGAUCUCAAUAAAUGGGAAGGAGAACAACACUUUUGAACUAUAAAGCCAAGACUGCCAGGGGCAUGUCCAGACAAGUGGUCAGGAAUGGCGCUGGCCCCCAUUCAAAUGCUAUUGGCCACCCAAAAUCCUACGCUUUUGCCUUGUCUGGGGCAAGAUUUGAGUAAAAAAAACAACCAUUUGGGAUGGAUUGAAAGGCUGGCAGUAACUUACUACUGCCUUCAAUGAACAUUAAUGCCCUGCACUUCCUGAAAGUCAAAAAGUUAUACACCAGAGUGUAACAGCUUAAUGACACCUAAAUGGUAGUUGUUAAAGUAGGCAGACCAAAUAAAUGCUAUUAAAAUGUGUAGGUGCAUAGGCAGGUUGGCCACCCCAGUCUGUGUCAGUUUCCUUGUGUUGCCACCCCAAUUUAGAAAGUCUGGACAUGCCCCUGUUGACUGCUGCAUGAAGAUAUUAAAGUAUCAGACACAAAUUAUAUUAAAUACAUGUAACAUUCAUUCAUCCUUGUUGCCUUUUCACAUAAAGACCAUGCAUUAUUAUAUAGUAGUUGUUUUGGAUCGCUUGGGAAGCUCUUUUUCCCACCUGUCAGGUUUUCCACUAUGUCUGUUAUGUCGUGCAUUUUAAGGCCUAAAUGUUGCUGAGUUAAUAUGAUCUUUUAGUCAACUGAGACAGUCAACUUGAUGUUUUGCAGGACUGUCAGCCAAUGAACAAAUCAUUCAUCUUCACUAUCAAAAACGAGUUCUUUCUUCCAGGAAACCGUCAAGCAUGCAUGCACUUUAGCUGUGGCUGUCUGUUGUCAUUUUACACACUGUCGCCUUCUUCGCUUUAUUAACAUGGACACUGAGAAUCAAUGCUCUGUGUGUUUACAGUUUAUUCAAACCAUUUCUCCUCAGCUCAGGGUAUUUGACCAUGAGAUGCUUAUAUAAGGUUUCUAUUGUUGUUUCAGAGUGUGUUAAUGUACUGAAGCUUAAGUGUCUGCCUGUAUUUGUGAAAGCUGCUAAAAGCCCGUCAGUGUAAGACGAUACCUCGCUCAUUUAUCGGGUGUCUGUGGCUCUCGUGCUUCUCUCGUAGCAAUGGGGAAGGCAGGAAAAGGACACUGUCUGGCUGCAGCAACGACUCAGUGAGCCUCCCUCCGACCCCACGCAGGGUCUCCUGGAGACAGAAGAUCUUCCUGAGGGUCGCUUCGCCCAUGAACAAGCCGUCUGCCUCCAUGCAGCACACAGGUCUGGUAACCCAAUCCUACAAGUAGGCGCAGCAUGACGCUCAAUGUAUAGACCGACUAAUCCAGUGCAUAAUAAAUGAGUUUAGGGUUGGAGGACCAAACAUGGCAGAGGAAAUGCUGCUAUUCUUAAACUUGUGUGCACUGUACAGGGAGAAUAAAGUGAAAGGUUAAAGCAAGUGCGAGGAAUUUUCCCUCUUCAUCCUUGUCAGAUAAAAGAUGAUAAAAGAGCUUGUGAAAGUGGUCCUCCUACAUGCUCUCAUGGCCAGUUUUCUUCCAUUCAAAAUAAUUUUUCUUAGUUUACUCUUUUAAGUACCCAGCAGGUUGUUCACAGGUCAAGGGCGUCGAGAUGACCUUAAAAAAUCUGCUUUUUAGCCGUGAAAUGCUCCAAGGCAAUGGGCAAAACUUAUCACUAAUUAUGAGAUCUGACUAGAACUGGCCAAAAGAGGCUGAAAAGCUUUACUGGGGUUGGUGAAAAAGGUGUGAAUGAAAAGCUUUUCAUACUUUAAGAUCAUACAAAGGAACAUACACUUAAAGAAAUUUGUGGAGCUUUUUUUACACAAGGAUUAAGGAUGGUUUUAAUUAUUUAGUACAGAAAGGGGACACUCACUGUUUACAAUCUGUAUGUAAAACAUUAUCAAACUUCACAGUUUCCAAUUUUCGUGGUAGACCAGGUUUACCUGCUUUUAAUUUGAGUGGUUUACUUUCUAUACAAACCUUUUAGUGAUGCUUUUGGGUGUUUUUUUUAGACCACUCUGACGGCACGGAGCUGUUGCCCCUCUCUCCCCGUGCCAUGGAUUCAACUCUGGAUCCUUUGGGGCGACUUCUGCCAUCAGCAGGGACUGCCUUUACUGGAGAGAGGCCUAAAAAGACAAGCACUGACUAUCGGGCUCUCUGGAAGACGGCCAUCCACCAGCAGAUCCUCCUGCUGCGCAUGGAGAAGGAGAACCAGAGGCUGGAGGGUGAGUUCCUGUUGUAAUAAUUCCCCUAAACGAAUCCUUUCUUUUAGUCACAUGAACUUUGAGGAUGAGGAGCACCCAGUAUUCAUUGCUGCUAAGUGCAUUUGUUUCCCUGCAGACACUGCGCCUAGAAACUGGAUCUUCUUUUUUUGGUUAUUCAAAUAUUUAUCACGUAUUUGCUUCUUUUUCCCCUUCACCUUAGCCCUCGUAUCACACUUGAACACCAAAAGUCCUGCCCUCUCUAACUAAAGCUUCAACGGUGUAGAGAGAAGGCUCAGGGUUAGCCACACGCUGUCAUUACUGUUUAUUUUGAGAAGUCAAAUCUCUGCAAUCUUGGUUGGAGACUCUGGAGCGCAGCUAUAUUUAGAGGAGAGUGCUUUGUUUCGCAUACACACACAUAAUCAUGUGGUCGCAGACAAACACUCAGAACAAACACUCAGAGGGUCACUGCUUUUAUGAGGUGAAAAUUCAAAGUGAUGGUUUAAAGUUCAGGGUUUAGAAGUUGGAAAUAGCGCCCUCUAAUGGCUCAUCUGCAUCAUUAGUCUUUACUGCUUAUCUUGGUUCAGGAAUUUAACAGAUAGGAAUGGAAUUUGGGCGGGGGGUCUGCUUCUUCAUAAAAAAGGUAUCUUUACAGUGAAGUGGCUUGAAAUGUUAUCCCAAACUUUGGACAAGAGCAACACAUACUUUAACAUUUCUAUAUAAAGACGAAGCUCAAGAAGAGGAGAGAUUUGUCUCUGUGUAGUCCUCAUAUUAUAUCCAAUCAUACCAAUACAUGUUUUUCCCUGUGUUUGUUACUAUGACACCAAUGCUGGUCUGAGGACCUAACAGUGACUAACCAUUUUCAAUAGAAGGUAAGCAUGAGGCAGAUAGAUGUUCUGCAUGAUUUCAGGUGUUGGUUGUUCUAUUCAUUCGACUCAGCUUCUUUUGUUUGCAUGUUCAGGGACUCGAAUACUUGGUGUUUUUGUAUUUUGUCUUUUGUAUUCCUCUUAUCUGUCUGUUUCUGGCUUUUUCAUGAUGAAUAUUUGGUGCUAAUAUGGGAAUUGUGUAGAAUUGUGUAGCAGCUUUCCAUGGUAAGUGGUGUUGAAGGUGUCAGGAGCUGUCCUCAUUCUUGUUUUCAGAUCUGGUGUCUUUGGAUCAGUUACCUCAGUUUACAGAAAAGCUUAAACAUGAGGGAUUUACAGUCUUAUCUUGUUGGUAUCUUGUCUUUAUCAUCUGGACGGAAAAAAAAAAUUUUUAUGAAGAAAUAUUUUUCAAAAUCCUCCUUUGUUUCUUUUUGCUCUUGUGGUUGUCUCUCUCACAGCCAGCAGGGAUGAGCUGCACAUCCGUAAGAUGAAGCUGGACUACCAGGAAGUGGGCCAGUGCUCCAAAGAUGCACAGGCAUUGUGGGAGAGAAAACUGACCGCCCCAGGCAGGACGACAGUCCCACAAGACAAAGAGGAGAUGUAUCGAGCUCUCUGCCAAGGUGAGAGAUGUCUGUGUACAGGACAGACAAACAAAAGAGCUGUGAUGACUUGCCGGGGUAUUUUUGUGUCUUCAAAUCUAUAAACAGCAGUGCGAGACGUGUGAGGUCUUGAGCAUGUGUUGUUUGUUUUGUGCAGGUGUUCCCAAGAGCAGGCGAGGGGAGGUCUGGUUGCUUUUUUCCCAUCAGUACCGGCUGCGUCACAGACUUCCUCAGCGCCAGCAGGCCCCUGAUACCCUCUACCAUGACCUGCUGAAGCAGCUCACCGCUCAGCAGCACGCUAUUCUGGUGGAUCUAGGUGUGUGCUACUCUGAAAAGUGGUCUCUCUAAAGAGUGCUCCAAGAGUCUGAGAGUUGGAUUGUUUUUUUAUUUUAGAAAAGUAAACUACUUGUGAAAAUGUGCGUCAUGGGAGACUUUGCAAAGUGUCGUCUCAGUGUUAUUCGUCUCUCAGACUUUAUUGUCAAUGAAUUUAAGAUAUCAAUAUAAAAUCUUUUGAAAUUAUCCUUGAAGCUGUCUUUUGUUAUACUACCAGCUUGAAAAUUAAAUUUGAUCUUCUGUAUCUGUGCUCAGGUCGGACCUUUCCCACCCAUCAGUACUUCUCCGCCCAGCUGGGUGCAGGGCAGCUCUCCCUCUACAACCUCCUGAAAGCCUACUCUCUGCUGGAUACAGAGGUACACACACUCACUCCAUUUCUGCCCCCACUGUGCCGCACUAUAAAGCUAUAGUGUGUGAAUGAAAAGAAAGAUGUAUAACACAUCAUGCUCUCUGUUUUUACUCUCCACAGGUGGGCUAUUGCCAGGGUAUCAGCUUUGUAGCUGGAGUGUUGCUGCUGCACAUGAGUGAAGAGCAGGCCUUUGACAUGCUGAAGUUCCUCAUGUACGAUCUCGGCAUCAGGCAGCAGUUCAGACCAGACAUGAUCUCUCUGCAGGUCAGUGUAUGAUUCAACAGAUGGACUUUUACAUUGUGAAUAUCCUCAGGAGACAAAAAUAAUGUUCCAAUUGAUAUAAAUACAUAAAACAUUUGAUAAGUGUGUGAAAAUUUAGUGGGAUGUUUAAAAAGCAAACUUAAGAAAGCCUCACUGCGCAUUAAGCCAGGACACUCUGGUGCCGGGUUGCUGUCACCACGCCAUUUAGAAAAGUUAAAAAAUAAAAAUAAUCUUAUCAUGUGCAUCAAUCUUAUCAUCUGCAUUGAUGGUGUUAAAAGUCAAUCAAAUCAUUCAACACUGCAUCUGUACUUAUACAAAUAUCUCAAAGUUUGGACCAAACACAGGGUGAUGAAUAAAAAGUAUGUCUGUGGCAAAAGGGGAGAAAAACAAAAUAUACUCAGUGGACGGAUCUUACUUGAGGGCUCUAAACAGGAACACAAUAACUCCUUAGUUUUGUGAGUUUGCAUCAACGUAGCUCCACCAUAACCACUCCCUUGCACUUUUUUAUUUUGUGAGUUCACCAGUGCUGCUGUCUCACCCCUGUUAUGUCUCUGGUACACCUUUUGACUUGCUCCAAUACAUCAUAAGAGGUUAUGUUUUUUACAGCUUAGUUAUAAAUCAAUAGGUCAAGACAAAUUUCAGUGUUUUGAGCAAAACAUUUACAGAUCUGGAAUUAAGUCAAGACUAUGAAAGAAGCCUCGAGGAACACAUGACAAGGCAAAUAGGAGAUCUUUCUGAGCUAUUUUCUUUCGUAUUUAAGUUAUGUUUACUGAAUGUGAUUCUUUUUUUGUAGUUUCACCAGGACUCUAAAAGUGUUUGCCUGUGUAUUUUUGAGGUGUUUGUUGUUGUAAUCCUUGUUACAACCACAAGAGGCUGAAGGGUUUCUCUGUAUCCACAUUUUUAAAGUGGAGUAAAACAUUGUCAGUGGUCUUUUAAUAUUACCUCUAAAACUAUGUUCACACAGUCUCCUAUGGCAAUGUAGGUCUGAUAAAAAAAUAAAAAAAAAAACACUCCUGUAAAAAAAUAGAGACAAAAACAUGUACUUACCUGUAAAAAUUAGGCUCAGAAAAUUACCUCAGAAUUUCUUUCCCUUCCUGUUUCAAAAAUGGAUAGAUAGAUAGAUAGAUAGAUAGAUAGAUAGAUAGAUAGGUUUUUUUUUCACUUUUCUUUGAACCUUUAAAUAUGGCUUCAAAUUUUUGUAUUUUAUUGUAUGUACAGUGUGUAUCCUACCUAUCAGAAACAAUACGUCAGUAGCAGACACAUCAAAGUAUCAAAGUAUUUAUUUAAUCUGCCAUGUGCUGUUAGAAGCAAUAGUCUGGUUAUAUUGUCAGUGAGCAAACACAAGAGUAAUUUCUCUACCUCUUCCUUAAACCACACCUGCAUGCCAGCUCUGUUAGCUUCGGUUAAACAUCAGCUGACCACAGCAGGGUGAAAGUAUCAGCAGGCGUGGUAAUGUUUAAUCUACAUCAGGUAACCAUUUAGCAGAGCAGCGGGUCUCUUGGCGCUGCAGUUUUCUUCUUUAUAGGCUAACCCAAAGGUUGCAAGGAAAGAGGAAUCUGGCCUGUUUUCUCACUGUGUUUCAGUGACGAGGAGGUGAAGGUACUGCCUGUCUUCUCUGUAACGGUCAGGAAACUGCAAAACUGAUAACAGGCUCGUUUUGGCUCGAGCUAACUUCUGCUUUUCCUUUCUGUUUACUGCAUUUCACUCCUGCACCUUUCAGGCUUUUACCGUAAUUCACUGUUAGAGAGUUAGCUGUGCUUAUCAGACUUUUGGCUUUGCUGCAUGUUUGAGCAAGUCUUCAGCUCAGUACUGGUAACUCUCCAUGCUUGGUUAAAAGUUCCUCUGCCAGCUUGUAAUUAUUAGAUCGGCGUGUGUAACUCCUGAGAUCCAACUUUACAAGUUUGUUCUGGCACACAGCACGUUUUGGCUUGUGUCUGUGAGUAUUACCUUUGUAACAUUUUCUGUUUCUGCACUCUGACUCUCAGAUUCAGAUGUACCAGCUCUCCAGACUGUUACAUGACUAUCACCGGGAGCUGUACAAUCAUUUCGAGGAGCACGAGAUCUGCCCCAGCCUCUACGCAGCACCCUGGUUCCUCACUCUCUUCGCCUCACAGUUCCCCCUCGGCUUCGUGUCCCGCAUCUUUGGUAUAUUUUUAGAAUAAUGGCUUCUGUGUUUGCUCACACACCGAGGCUUAUCAGUACAAUGUUUUUUUUUUCUUUGAGAAGAUGACCUUUUUAAAAGCUUUUUAACAAUUUCAGCAAAAAGGCUAAGUUGGUCAAACAUGUUUUAAAAAUGCGUCUGUGUUUUGUUUGUGUUUGUUUUCCAGAUUUUGUAUUUUCCCAGGGCACGGGUGUGAUCUUUAAAGUGGCCCUCUGUCUGCUGAGCAGCCAUGAGAAGGAGAUUGUGGAGUGUGACAGCUUUGAGAGCAUCGUGGACUAUCUGAAAACUACACUUCCCACCCUCACCCCUGCACAGAUGGAGCAGACCAUUGCUAAGGUAGAGAAGAAAGCUGAUAGAGUAUUAAAUAGAGUUUCAUGUUUUAGGUUAAAUACAUAUCUAAAAGCGAGACUCUUUAUGAGCGCUUUAUCGUAUGUUUUCACUCUGUUGUUUUCAUAUUUUUCAUACUCAUUCAGCCUGUUAUUUUCCAGUUUCAGCCCUGCUCUGUCAGUAGAGGCACUUUAUAGUCCUCUAUUUUUUAAGAUGUUGUAGGUAAAGCUGUUAUUUAUUAUUUACUCCAGGCUCUCCUCACUCUCCUUGAAAAGUGGGAUGGUUUAAAGUACAGUCAGGCACACCAAGAGAUUUUAAAAGUCUUAGAGAGCCCCCCAAAAAUGAUGACAGAUUUAAGAGUUUUGUUCCUGUAGUGUGGUUCACAACAAUGAGGUGAAUAAGCACACCACACACACUCUCAUAUCUGGAAAUCUUGUGAAGUCUCCCGUUCAGACGUGAUCCUAAAGUAAACAAACAUGGUGGACUAUGGGAGCUAGCCGUUGCUAGCUGCUUAGCCUUGUGGUACUUCAAAUGAAGUUGCAAUUUCUUGUGCACUUCCCCUUGUAAUUUUGUGUUUUACUAAACUUGUGUGAACACUCAUGUUGUUUCCAUAUACCAACAAGUGGGUCAUGUAUUUCUUAUGUCCACCUGAGUUUAUGCUUAGAGAUAACUAUUGUUGCCAUGGCUGCAUUUCUGGCACGUGCUUCCCAAUUGGCUACCAAGUUAUUCCACGUGACAAAGGACAGCAUGUAUGAUCAGCUGUCCUUGGGGAUCCCCCCACACAGAAGGAAUUAUGAUCGUAAACAUCAGACAUGUUUUAUAUAUACCAGUCCAAGAAGGGUUAGGGAGGAUCGUCUUCCUGGAGACUGGAGAGAUGAAAAAUCACUCCUAACACAUCUCACACCACAGGGUAAUCUGGCAAAAUAAUCUAAUGAAUCAUUCGAUAAUCGGUCCUUUGCUAGAAGAGGAGAGUCAGGCCCAAAAUCGGCGUGAUUAUGUCAGGAGUGACACGAUGAACUGUAAGCGCAGGGAUAACUCAGCUGUUAUGAGGGAAUAAUGUCAACCCACCAGUAAAGUUGUUCUUUGUUGUCAACAGACUUUGAGAGUUGAAUAUUGUAACUUGCAUUCUGGAAUCAAAUCUGGGUGAAUGUGAAUUGCUGCUCAUCAGAGGUGGCUAGGGUGUUAAGAGACGCCUGCUCACUUAGGCUGCGUCACUUAUUGCCUUUAAUUCAAAGUUCUCUUUAAUAAAACCAACCCUCUGAAAAAGGGUCUUGAAUUAAAGUAGACCACUGUUUGCUUUAAAUGCAUGAUUAUGAUAUUACAAGGGAGACAAGUUGAUUAAAAGAAAGAGUCCAAUAUUUAACACAAAAAUAUUGAACACAAAAACUCUUUUUUAUGAAAUUUGUAAAAAAGGACAUGACUGAGAACAAAUUUUACUGGUAAGUUACUUUAAUUCCUUUGAUAUAUGAGAUCUGAGCAGAGGUCCACCUUCCCACUGUGCUUGGGCGUACAGAGGUUUCAACUGUGCAUGCACUUUUAGAGGUCCACUGUAUAUGCAUACAGGUCUUUCUCCAUUAUGUUGUAGUGUGUGCCCCGCUUACACACCAAAUUUCUCAUCCUACUUCAUGGCUUUGAACUAUCUUCAUCAUCUCACUUUUAACUGCUUUACCCAAAGCAAAGCAAAGGAAAUGGUUUCUCUAUACUUUGAGUAUUUUCCUGUGUAUCAGUAUUUAAGUGGUCUUCGCUCCCUCUUGACCAGCCUGUUUUUUUCAUAAAUGAAAUGUGUUUUAGAUUAAAUGCCAAAAGACCUUUGAGAAAAUAUUUUGAUUGUAUUUUCAUUCUUGGUACAUUGACACACAAAAAAAUGUUUUAAGAUGUCAUCUAUCACUUUCAGGUCCUGCAAAAAGUACAUUGGAAAAUGGUUUGUAAUAGCUGUAGGCAUGCAGGAUGCUUCACAAAGGAACAGACAGAGAGGUUAAACAGGACCAGGAGAAAAACCCCAAACUUGAAUAAUCUUCAGUUGAUACCAUCUGUCUCACUGUGUCGUUUUCCAGGUGAUGGAGAUGGACAUCUCCAAGCAGCUCCAUGCGUACGAGGUGGAGUACCACGUCCUGCAGGAUGAGAUGUUAGAUCCAGGUCCAAUGGCUGAUGACUCAGACCGGCUCGACAAAGUAGAAAAGACAAAUGCACAGUUGAAGAAACAGAACAUGGACCUGCUGGAAAAACUCCAAGUAAGACAGAAAGAGAGAAGCACAUUUAGAUUGGGGUGUGACACAUAUCUCAUUUAUUCUUUACCAUUUAUCCUCAUUAGGAGGAGUUUUCAACAUAUAGCAGUUAAAGUUCAUUAAUGAAAUUCAGUUUUUGUUGUAUGUGUUAGUUAAAAUGUCUUUUUUAAAGUCUGAUGAACGGUGUUGUCUGGAGAUCCACUGACACUGUUCUUGGUAAUGCCUUAAACUGCCUAUAGAUGGCACUAUUACACAAGUUAAAACCAGAGUUGCAGGACAAAGGGACUGAGCAGUUUGCAGUACUCUGUUCUGAUCAGUAGUAUGUGGUAGGGCUGGUAAAGUGAAUCUUAAUGCUGAUGGUGAACUGUAACCACAGUGUUAAUGUCAAAGUUGUAAAAGACAAUUCUUUGUGUGGCACAGUUUUGUUUGACACUCUUCAGUUCAGAUUUUGAGUUCAGGGUCACACUAACCCUGACUUUUAGUAGUUCUCAGAUUUUGUAGGUUUUGUGCUUUCUGUUUUCCCUUUUUUUCCAUACUUGUGUCUUUCCUGCACAUACUGAAGAACAAUCUCUGUCCUCCAGGCCGCACGGCAGAAGAUCCAGACGCUGGAGACGAACGUGGAGAACUUCCUUUCUCGGGAGAGCAAAAUGAAGCACAUGAUCCGCACUCUGGAGCAGGAGAGGGCAGCGUACCAGAAGACCAUCGAGCGCAUGCGCUCAUGCCUUCCCCCUGACGCCCUGACAGAUGUGGAGAUGACCCAGAUCAAAACAGGACCCAACGGGAAAGCCAAAACUGCAGCCAAGAAGCCCUGAUGGCAAACUGGGUGCUGGCUGCUCCGGGCAGACACACAGGCACAGACUGAAGUGAACAAAUGGAGACUGCUGAGCCCACACAGCUAUUGUUCUGCUGCUGCACGAGAGAAGCAGCAUUCUGUAAAUGUCUGGCCUUGAGACUGUAUGGGAAAUAUCUACGUGAUAUUUGUCAGCGUGUAAAAGAGUUGUGGGAGGAUGAUUUCAGUUAUGCUAGCAAACAGACUGUUCCAUGAGUGCUUCAAAGCUGCUGUUGUGUCUCAUCUGUUUCACUACUAGAUUAAAGGUGAAAUCAGGAUACACAACCUCCCUUCUUAUUCAGAUCUUUUUUGGUUAUCAAAGGGGAAUUUUUCUAGAGUGUCUGCCUCUACAAUUCUUUUUUUUUUCCACUGCCUUGAUGUGUUUUCUACCACAAAGUCAGUGAAGGUGCCUACUGGCAAACAAUCCUCUGGACCUCAGGUUCCACUGAAAGCCAUUAACAGUGUGUAUGAUCCUGGAGUUGACCCUAUUGUUUUCACUUGUUUUUGAAGUCAUUUCAGGCAUGAAAACUAUGCCUCUGAGUAAUCACACUGCGACAUUAUUUCCUUUUGUUGACUUGAAUUUUUUGUGAAUGUAAGAUCAUCGCAAAAACAGGCUCCGUCUUUAAAAACAGAGACAUCUCGGUGCAACACCUGCUGCAGCAUUAGGCUUUAAACUUACACAGACAUAUAGUUUUUUUAGUGCUCCUCUUGAGGCGCAGCACCACUUCCUUCACUUAAGAGAACUUUCUUACUUGCACUUGCUGCUUGUUUUAGAAGAGGAAGUUUUUCUUCCAAAGCUCAGGCAGGAUGUGAGGUUGUCUGACUUUCAGUUUCCUGUGUGAGUGACCGCGGCGUCGCCUCGCUUUCGCACCACGCUCAGACGCUGAAGCAGAGUUCACACCCUGCAGGAGGCACUUAAAAAAAAAAGAAAAAAGGCUGAAGGUGGAGGAGAGGUCUGAAUGUACAUCACUUGCUUUCUGAGAGUCUGUGUUACAUUUGUGUUUCUGACAGACGUAGGGUCUCUUUUAUAUCUUGUAGUUCUUGACAGUGAACUACAAGCAGCUAAAGAUUUUAUAAGAACAUAUCUGAAGUCACAAUCUGAUGUUUGCUGUGAAACCUGGCUGUGAAGUUGAACAGAGAGUUUCAUUUUGAGUGGAUAAGUCUCUGCGGUAAAAAAAAAACAGUACAUGUACAUACAAGCAGUGCAGAGACCUGUCUGGCUGUAUGGACAGACAGUUCAAAUGAGUGUAAAGUGUGUCCCUGGCUCGCUCCUCAGUUCUGUUUUGUCCCACCUCCGUGUCUGACUCACCAUCACUGGUUCAGAAAGAAAGAAAAACAGACUUGGGCUUGACUCUGCUUUCAUAAAACACCCUUACAUUUAAACCAAGGUGAUGUCUGUACCGUGGAAAAAGUGCUUAACAAAAGGGUUUAUCAGUCUUACCGUCCUUGGUGACAAGUUGUGGUGAAAACAUUCGUCUGUUUAAAGUUUCUAUCCACAAACUUUAAAGUCUGAGCAGACACUGCCUUCUGUGUACAGAUAUGCCUGUGUUACGCAACCUUCUAUAUUUGCAUGUACAGAGAGAAUUUUUCCUGUUUUGAUAAGAUCCAGGCUCCUAUAAUUAAAAGAAAGGUCAAUAGAUUGAUACAGCAUUUGAUGUCAUGGUAAAUUUAAUAAUAGAGGAAUUCUUACCUUCAAACAGCAGGGUCACGUUCAAGAGUGCAGAGAGGGAAACAUAUCAGACAACUCGUUUCAUGACAUGUCAAAAAGAUACGGUGCUCAACAGUGCUGUCCUCUAUCUUCGUGUGUGUGUUUUACAUAUUUACAGUAUUUGUGUCACACUCAUAUUGACAGUGGAACCAAAGAUGUGGUUGUUUUUCCAAAAAAUGAAUGGUAAAGAAGUGAAUGGUUUUAUUCAAAAUGCUGUAAUGUCAUUGUAUUGUGUGUUAAUGUGAUCAGCAUUCUGUCAAUACACACAUUUUAUGCGUCUUUGGGAUAAAAGCUUGAAAAAAUACCAAAUACGGACAUAAAAAUACUCAACAAAAAAAGGACAGUAACAGGUUGGUAUUCUCAUAGCUCUUUCUCCCUUGUGCCAAAAGGUAAUAACAGCCUUAAUUCUCUUUUUAUCAGAGGUAUGAGAUCACCUACUGGGGGAAAUAAGCAGAUCCUUGUAGUCAGUGAAGAAUCUGUGAUGUGCAUUAGUUUCCCUCGGUCUUGACUGCUUAAAUGAGCUUUUGUCGCUGUAUUUUAAGAAAAGACUCUUGAGGAAAGUUUGUUUUUUCUUUCAGCAUUAGGGCUACACAAAAGCAAAGAAAAACUGUCAAAAAGUCUUCAAUAAAACUCACUCUGCCUUGUU